AUGUCCCUCACCAUUGCGCUCGAGGAGUCGCGCCAGGCCACCGCGAACGUGGGCGCCCCCAUCUACGCAACGGCAUCCAUUGAGGGCCUCUACCCUCCCCCAGACUACGACUUUGUCUACCAGUUCUCAACAGCUGAGGCAUCCGACGCACCGACGUACAGGGUCGUGCAGCCGUACUCUAUCGACCGCCGCUGCAUAUUUUUUUCCCUGGCCCUGGGGCAGCUCUUACUGAAGUGCGAGGUUCGUCUUGCUCCUCGUCGCCUGACAACACCCCUCGACCUCGAAACGUCACUCAGUCAACCCCACAUGCAAAUGAUUCUUCGUAAGCCCACUCUUCUCUUAAACGCACAGGCGGGGGAAACUUCUCCAUUUACCAAAUACCUAGAAAAUCCCAUUCUGUCGUCGUCAAUUUCUAUCAAUGUGAAAACGGUCGGGACGCAGGUCCCGCCUUGCAUGGUCCCCCUUCCCAAUACAAUCUCCCCAAUAUAUGUUGUCCCAGAACAUCAGGUCCAGCCUAUGGCGAAAGUCCGCAUUAUUAUCAAGCCGCACAUUCCUGUCCUUGCUGCCAACGCAGAACAGAAAAGGGAGGCUAAGAAUAAUAACCUCUUCAUAACUCCCUCUAUGGUCCCUCCUCCAGAUCUCUUUUCCGAGGCCGGCUUUUUCACGGAAGCAGUGGCGAGGGAUGGAACAAAGAAGAAGGGGCUUUUCUCGGGAUCCAAGAAAGACAAGGACGAGCUGGAGAUAUCAUGCAACCUCUGCAAGGGAUAUAUACCGCCCGUUAAAGACCUUGUUUUAACCGAGUGGCAGGACGUUCCCCCAGGGAAGCCAUACUUCAUUCCUUUGUUUGGCAUUCUUCCCAAUAAGCUCUACGAGUUCAGACACCAGGUCCUUGACCCCGUUGCUGACAGGCGUUUUGAGCUUAAGGAACCCAUCAUUUUCCAGGCAGAGACUAUUGGCAUGAAGUCCUGGCUCGUUCCUUAUCAAUUUACUCCCCUCUUCGCGAGUGAUCAAAAUGAGCGUAACUUCUUCGUAUCUACGUCGGGCGUUGCAGCAUUCAAGGAGUUUGUGGCAAUUUCUGGCGAAAAAACAGCAUCGGAUCUUUUUCUCAAAAUAAAUAGCUCUGGUGUCAGUGAGGCAGCUAUGUAUACGCCAUACGGGCAAAUGAUGAUCUUCAUACACAACUCUGUGCAGCAAGGAGCUAAGAUAAUUCAUUGCCACAAGGACGCUGUGAUGACGAUCUCUGCCGGUCUCUGUGAUUGGUUGCAUAAUGGUAAUUUCGAAGCACAUGUUGAGACGCAGGAUGACGAUGAGUUUGGGGCACAAUCAGGGGUGCAGCCGCUUGAGACGUCUGUUCCCGCCCCUUCGUCUGACACCAAGGAGAAGGGUAGAGAAGAACGGAAGAUCAAGAAAUUAACACCGAAAGGGAUUGGCGAGUUGGUCUGCAAGAGCCUUCAGAUCUCAAGUGGCACUGACUCCAUUUACAUGAAUCAAUACAUCUACUCCAGUGCCAUUAACGGAAGCCCAAUGAGGAUGUUUAGUUUGGGAUACAUUAACUCCUCCCUUAUGAGAAAAGCUCUGGCAAGCUUGGAUUCCGGUCAAGAGCCAAUUCCAUAUAGGCCGAUGGUCGCUGCAACAUACGUAGAGCUUCUGGAGAAUCGGGAAAUAAUCCUUGCUGGAUUGGCAGAGGUCCCAUUCACUCGCACCAACUAUCCCGUGUUGUUCGAGAAAGUAUCGCAACAGAUCAAUCAUUUGCUCGGUAAUAUGAAGGCAUACUCCGGAUCCGACCAGAAAAAUUCGAGGAAAGUACUUGGGGUGGACUCCUCCCUGCUGACCGCUGCUGUGUUCCACUUAGAUAUGAGUGGACACGUGACUGAGACGUUCUAUGCAUGUGAUAUGUUCCCUGAUGUCAUGAAUAUGGUUCAGUUUACUGAAUUGGCCUGGAAUAGAAACGAGAAAGGAUGCCUCAUUCCCGGGUACUACACACAAAGCAAAUUCACAUUGAUCCAUAGCUAUGUUUCCUCAGUGGACUGUACCCAGACAGAUUGCCUACUUGUCUUACCACGUCAAUCUUCCCUUGUGAAGCUUACGUAUGGGUCUUUCAAAUCCACGCAGCCUCGAUCCCGUGCAGUCCCGCCAACGAUUCCGUUGACACCCCAGCCAAGUCUCGCUACUGCCCAGCCAUCAACGCAGCCAAGUCCCCAACAAGCACCUCCUGCUUAUGCCCCUGCUGCUGGACCUUACGCAUCCAUGCAAAGUAAUGCCUAUAACACCUCUUACAAUGCAGUAGGUAAUAUUUACUCCAUGCCCUCUUCGAAUCCAUAUAUGUCAGCUCCAGCGUCUUCCUUCCCAUCUCAAACUCUUGUACAAAACUAUCCUACGGCUCCUACUGUUCCUUCGCAGCUUCAUACCCAGGCUCCAGCUCAAGGGCAUGCCCCGCCAAAUCCAUACGCAAUAGCCUCUGCUCCCCAGCCCUUGCCACCGGCAGCAAAUCCAUAUCUAGUGGCCAAUCCGUAUCUUAAGCCUACUACUCAACCCAAGAAUAUUGAUGGGGAUGCACCUGCUCUUCUCACUGGUCUGGAUGCGCUUAAAGGAGGGGCCCAAGAUUCUGUGAUACUCUCAGCAAACAUAGGCACUUCAACAUGCAGCGAUUACCUUAUUAAUAUCCUUGGGGUUUGCUAUCCUCUUGCUGCCUCUAGAAUAUCUGGUUCUAUCUACAUGGUUUGCAACACACCUUCAGCCAUAGAGCUUAUCGCGUUCUCUACGCCCUAUUUUGUGGGGCGUGGUCCGAAGACCCAUGCAGAGCUCUUAAACGAUUCUACUGGCGGUACAGCUACUAUUGAAAGGUAUGAUACGUCCUUGCAAGAGGCUGAGGCUGUGACAGUGCAGCAUAAGAUUGUUCUCCAGCGCGGAAAGGCGACUGUUGCUCGCAUUCUAACUCUUCCACAAGGUGGCUGCGUGGUUGCCUGGAUGGAGGACGGGCAGAAUAUCUGGAAGGUCAUGGAGAUCAACAACGGGCUUCUGAUGUUUGCUGGGAAGAUAGCAAAUGCAGAGGACAUUAGUCUCCUUCCGACCUUCUGA